CACUUUCGUUAUGUCUGAUUAACAUGGAACCAACAGAAAAAGUGUUGUCAGACGUUCAUUUAACAAGUCAAAAUACAGCAGUAGAAGGAAAUACAUAUACUGUAAGCCGUCUAUGGUUCACACUUCCACCCUCCAAAUCAAUUAAUGUGGAUGAGACAGAGGAAAUAAAUGGUACUGGAGCAGAUGAAGAUGGGGACCUGAUGCUGAGAAGGAAAACAAGUAAAUGCAAAGAGACUGGAGACAGGAGUGUUCUAACAAUAGCCCACUGGAUGGAAACUGAGCUUAAAGAUGUUGGAAAACAGUUGUGGCAUGGUUCCCUUCUGUUGGCAGACUAUCUUAUCCAUGUCCAGGAGGAGUUGAGAAAUGAGACAGUUGUAGAGCUAGGAGCUGGCACUGGCCUAGCCAGCAUUGUAGCCUCCUUCUUUGCCAAGAAUGUUGUUUGUACAGAUACUGGAGAAGAUGUGUUAAAACUUGCAGAUCACAACCUGGAUCAGAACUGGAACUGUCUGGAUCCAAUAAAGGAGAAAAAUUUCAAAGUGUGUCAGCUUGACUGGGUGACAGAAAGCCCAACAUCAGGCACUGAUAAGUAUACAAUUAAAGAAGAAGAAGUGAGUUUGAUAAACACAGCCAGGAUUUUCAUAGCAGGAGAUGUUGUGUAUGAUGACAAACUGACCAUAGGCUUCUUUAACACUGUAUACAAACUUCUGAUGAAUUUCCCAGCCAAGUCACUGUUCAUCAGCUUGGAGAAAAGGUAUAUUUUCACAUUGGAGGACAAGGAUGUGGUGGCCCCAGCCUUUGACUAUUUUUGUGAGUGUCUGGAGGCCUUGAUGGAGACUACUUCAAACAAUGGGGUGGAGUUCCAUUACAAAGAAAUACCAGUUGACUUUCCCCAAUACUUCACUUACAACAGAACCAAGGAACUGAUACUUUACAAAAUCUACACCACUUUUCCAAAUACUAGUACCUGACUUGUUCAGAAUGAUAUACAGUAUUGCAGUUAAAAUCAUGCUGGGAGAUUUGAAAUCGGAGUUGCCAAUCACAGAGCUUCAUCUAGGUGUGUGUUGACUAACCAAAAGGAUUGAUGCAGGAGUCUGUUACACACUGGAAGAGUACAUAGUGCAAAUGAAAGAGGUCAUCUUAAACAGGAGUCUGCUACACACUGCAAGACUUCACAGUGCAAAUGAAAGAGGUCAUCUUAAACAGGAGUCUACUAAACACUGCAAGACUUCACAGUGCAAAUGACAGGGGUCAUCUUAAACAGGAGUCUGCUACACACUGCAAGACUUCACAGUGCAAAUGAAAGAGGUCAUCUUAAACAGGAGUCUACUAAACACUGCAAGACUUCACAGUGCAAAUGACAGGGGUCAUCUUAAACAGGAGUCUGCUACACACUGCAAGACUUCACAGUGCAAAUGAAAGGGGUCAUGUCUGCUAAACACUGCAAGACUUCACAGUGCAAAUGAAAGGGGUCAUCUUAAACAGGAGUCUGCUACACACUGCAAGACUUCACAGUGCAAAUGGUUUUCUGCUAAUUCUUGAUAUCAUGGACUAUGGUUUUUUUUUGAGAGAAAAUGGUAUGCUCAAGUCUGAAAUAUGAGAGCACUUGCUCAUCUUUCCAGGUUUUCCUAGAAAAUGGACUUAUGUUGUAGUUUUAUGCAGCCAUGCUAAAGUAAAUAGUCUCGUGCCAACCAUUUGGGUACUUAAAGCUAACUAGUCAGAGAUAAAUGUACUGAAUAAAUUUCAUAACUUUUUGAUCCCAUGUUAAGUAUAACCUAUAUAUACAUGUAUCAUACAUGUAUACAUAUAUAUACUGACCAGUAAAUGUCAUACAUGUAUUAAUGAAUGUACUGGAAACAAGUUGUGUUGCAUGCCAAUGUACCUGGAGUCUUUUCCUUACAACUUCUGAUGAGCAUUCACUGCUGCCAGGCCACACUCUUUAAGAGAAGGUGAUAUAAAUCAAAGAAACUCAAUGUCUCAUAUGAAGUGUUUAUUCACUAUAACACUGUAAUUAAAGUACUGGUUUAAAUAGUAAUUAGUACAUGUACAUGUUUUAAACAAAAUGCAUUCAUGAUGUAACAAAAACAAUUAAGGGUUUUCUUUAUAUUAUAAAAAUUAAAUGGAUCAAAGUUAUCAAAUGGAUCCAAAAGAUGGUUUUGUGCUCCAUGUUAUAGUUAAUUUAUUGUACUUUAGGAGGACUAGAUGUUCAUGGCCAUUUUUAGACCAUAUUGAUCUUCAUUUAAUAAAGAUCAAGCUCUUUAUAGAAAUACAGAAAAAGAUUUUCUUUGUUUAUAACAUGAAACAUAUCAUCACGACCCUGUAUGUUAUAUACAUGAAGUAAUCUCAUUCAAAAAAAUCCAAAAAUAAAAAAUGUGCAUAGAAAAAAAUAUAAUAUAAUAGUAUUAAUAUUAUAUAAUCUAUAUAAUGUGCUUGUAAGGAAUGAAUUUAAACAAAACCCAGAUGUAAGAUUCCAGGAAUACAAUAAAUGACCCAACACAACACUGUUAAGGUUUACUUUGUGGUCACGCCGA